AUAUAUGACAAGAACUUUGGCCGCUUCCGUAUCCAUAGUCCUGGAUCCUUUUUUCCCAUCAUCGCAUCUUUGGAAGUUGAGCUUUGGGACUAGGGCUCGGUGCAAUAAUUUGUGUGAAAAGUUCUGCAGCAAUUGAAAAGCGAAGACUUUCUGGGCAUCCAGAACGAACUGGCUUAAAAAAACUUUUGCAUUAUUUUCAUGCGCCUGGUCACUUGAAAGUUGCAGAAAAUAUGACAAGAUAAAAUGCCAAAAACUGCCAGCGGCCAGUGGAAAGUGAGCAUUGGGCAGUGGGCAGUAGGCGUGGUCGAGAAGCGAUAGCCCACCGAAUGGGCGAAGUGGAGAGUGCUAGAAGGGCAGCUGGCAGCGGGCAAAAGUAAUAAUCAAUGGGGCGAAGGCAAAGAAAGCCUUAAUGACCUGGCCAACUUGCAGUUCAAGUUGUGUGGCUCAACAUUCUCUUUUUGCCAGUUUCCUGCCGCUAAGUGCAGCGCAUGAAUAUGAAAUAUGAAAUAUCACAGCAAAGGAGCAGCUUGGAGUGGGAGUGGAGUGGCGUGAAGUCCUGCGAAAGUGCUGUCUUACAAUACCUAAAUGCCACUCGCUAUCUUUUCUGACACCUUUGCACAAUUUAUGCACAAUUUUUUCAUUGCACCGCCAGAAACGCUGACAAAAAAUAAAACUAAACGCAAACAGCAGCAGAUCCAGAAUUUGAACCAAAGGCAACUGCAACAGCAGCCCAGCAACAAAGCACUGGCAUUGGCGCCAGGUGACAACAUGACACAAGGAGCUGGCAGUGGCAGUUACCCUGCGCCACAGGCUGGAUCUCAGGGCGGCAUCCCGACACCCACCCUCCAUGUCACCCCCAACCAGGAACCAGCGCCGCCGUUGCAUACAAAAUUAGACAUACAGAAAGUCCCGGAGGGUGCGGACGCUGCCGCACAAAACGCUGCAACAAUAAUUUUAACGCCGACAUCAUUAAAUUUAACAAACACAACACAAAAUGUUGCCGGCAACAAUGGGGGCUCCGGGAGUGGAAAUGGAGCCGGAGCUGGAGUUCAUGGCGACGAGUACAGAGGCCCCAAAUGGUGGCUCCAUUUGACGUUACAUUGGCACUUGAUUUCUGAGCAUGUGGCUCUGCUGGCCAUAUUUUUGGGGCUCUGGGCCAUGGCCUUUGUACUUUUCCCGGACUAUGCCCAGCCACAGACAGCGAUCAUGCGAAUCGCCUUCCUCUUCGUGGGAGCUCAGAUCGCCGGCAUCCUGGUCUCCUUCGCUCACCUUCCUGAUAUGCUGGGCAUGCUUUUCUUCGGCGUCCUCUACACUAACGUGGGUCUGGCCAACUUCGAGGGAUACCAACGACUCGAAUUGUUUCUGAGGGAAAUGGCUUUGAUUAACAUAAUGCUGCUGGCUGGUCUGGGCCUGGAUGGCGACGCCUUUAAGCGCCUGUGGUCCAUGAUCCUUAGACUGACAUUGCUGCCUACGAUUGUUGAGGUGGCAGUCAUUGCUGGAUUGGCCUACCUAACGUUGUCCAUGCCCUGGCUUUGGGGUAUAGCCUUGGGCUUGGUAAUCACUGCCGUCUCCCCGAACGUUGUAGUGACUGUGAUGCUGAAGUUGAAGGAGGAUCGACUGGGUCUCAACAGUGGCAUCCACACGCUCAUCUACGCCAUGACCACAUGCAACGAUGUGGUGGCCAUCUUCAUGUUUGGCGUGAUAAUCAGCGUAAUAUUCUCGACGACUUCGCUCACCCAGCAAGUGCUGCAAGGACCCAUUGGCAUUGGGAUUGGACUCGUUUUUGGCUAUCUCUACGGCGUGAUGCUCCAGCACUUGCCAUCCCGCCACGCGACGUACGCAAAUGGCCUGCGCUUUGUUUUGACCAUCUUGGGAGGCACCAUCGCCGUGAUGGGCAGCCGCGUCAUUGGCUACACGUCAGCCGGCGCUCUGGGUUGUGUAACGAUGGCCUUUAUUGCGAGGAUUGGCUGGCGGCGGGAGGAGGCGAAGCUGACGCCCGAACAAUUGCAGGCCCAACAGAUAGCUAGUGUUCCCAAGCGUCUGGAUCUCAUGUGGAAGUUCCUCAAGCCCGUCUCGUUCGCCCUCAUCGGCAAGGAAAUUCACUUUGCCGUACUGGAAGGCCAUGUAAUCGGUUAUGGGACGUUGCUGGUGCUCGUCGGAAGUCUGUUGCGCUUGGCUUUUGCAUAUUUAUCCACAUAUGGCGGAAAUCUGUCGAGAAAGGAACGUGCCUACAUUACAAUUUCCGGUUUUCCCAAAGCAACUGUCCAAGCAGCUUUGGGCCCGGUUGCCCUGGAUUUGGCACGUGCAGCAAAAGAGUCCAACCAAGCCCAGUUGGAUCUGGCGGGCAAUGUGCUCCUCAUCUCGGUCCUGGCGAUUAUCCUCACCGCCCCCCUGGGCGCCAUCCUCAUGCUCCGACUGGCACCCCAUUGGCUGAAGCACGGCGAUGAAGUGGAGGCGCUGGAGUCCCCCACCACGCCCACACCCACCAACCAGAGAAACUCCAACUCUAAUGCAUUCGGAGGGAAAUAGCCUUCGCUGGGAGUAGCUCCAGUCUGGGGUUGACCCUCCGCUAAAAGUUUUAAUCCCACUGUGCUUAUCCUAGCCAUUCUAGCCAUCCGUACUUAUACGUAAUUGUACUUAGAAAUAUACAGCAUCGGAAAUAAAAGUGAAUGCGAAAAGUUACAAACAUAA